AUGGCUGAGCGGCAGCGUUGGUGUCUCCAGCGACGGCACCUGUGUCUCGUUUUACGUCCAGAAGCCGGACAACGCUUACGCGAAUACCUGGAGCACCCAGACGUUGUUCCAGACUGGAACGACGUUGAGUUUGUGGCCGAGCACUCGGAUACCGACGUUCCGAGAGCAAACGCUCGAGCAAAGGCUCCCAACGGUGCACGAGACAGCGUAGCGGCGGUCCCAGAAGCACUGAAAGCGUUAUCGUUAACAGACGACGUUGAAGGCCCCGUGGAUCCGAUCACGCUCGGCGUUUUGCGUGCUCCGUAUACCACCCCAUGUGGCCAUGUGUAUUCAGCGCUGGCGAUUGUGCGACACCUGCUCGUAACGUUCGAACGAGCCCGCCCAAGGGGCGUCGAAGACAACACUUGUCAGGUUGGAGACGCGCUGCAGUUACUCGCACGGUGCCCCGUAUGCACCGACUGGUUCUCUUUUGAUGAUCUUCGUCCCUAUGUUUCCUGGCACAGUCCGACACCGCUAACCCUGCAUUCCCGCAUCCGAAUGCGUCUGUUGUGCCGCCCUCGGGGUUGUGCGUCCCGUAUCAUGCUACCUCGAGACUGGAUCGACACAACAGAGGCCAAACUGUUGUGGUCGGUCGGCGCCAGCACCAAGGCUUCGGAGAAACAGCACGCGCCUGCAGCCAUAGCGGAUCCCGACCGUACUCAGUGGCAUACUGACCAAACGCAGUCUACGACAAUCAAAGCGUUAGCAGAUACGUUUUGCCAGCGUAUGAUGACUACACCGGUAGCGGAGGACGGAGACGAGCAGCUACUUCCCUCGAGGAAAAACGGGCGCUUCUAUCGGGUCUUGCUCGGGGAACCUGAUUUUGUAGAGGAGCUCUUCGUCAGCCGGGAAGCGGAGUUGCAACAGCAUCUAAUGGAAGAUGAAACGAUGGAGCUGGCGCACACGCUGGUGAUGCAUCGCGAGCGCGCUCGCAGAGCGACCGUGAAGCGAAUAACCCAGCAGAUAGAGACCGCUUCAUGGUCGAAGCAGGAACCCUUCGAACCUUUCCUGGCAAACGAGAUCGCUCCGUCGCAGUCGAAACGCUUACCGGCUGAAGUGGCCGCUCGGGCAACCGUUGAGGACCCGCUGGACCUUCCACAGCGGCAAGCGAUGCCUCCGGCACGCACUGACGCUUGCCCUGCACCCGAGAAAGCGUCGAUUGCCGUAGAGUACGUCGGACUGUACCAGAUUGCAGAUGGUCGACAAGUUUACAUGCAUCCGCAAAACUAUCGAGCACUGCUCCAACAGUACGGAUCGGUGGAAAAGCUUCCGCUUUGGAUCCAGGGUAGCCUUCUCAGCUGCUAUGAAUGUCGCACCGAAGAGAAGAAGGCGCGCGCCUGGAGAGGCCGCAGCGCCCAUGCAAGUUUCCCGAGAGAUCCAGAGGCAUCCAAUUGUCGUCAGUUUCACUUACCCGUACCGCUACCGCCGGGCUGUGUGUACUUUGUAUGCAAACUGGCAUUCGGAGAUACGGAAACACCGCGAUGUCGCCGCUAUCGUCAGCGAGGAGGUGGAAACGUUCAUCCGUCGCACGCAUCAGGCGCUGUGCAGCAGCCGCCAGCAUUUGCUAGCCGAGAAACCGGUUCAGAAAACCCUUUUAGCACUUCAAGCGCGCAUCGUUCGGUGCCUAUGUCGAGACAGACGAAGGCACACCGCAACCGACCUGUGCCCAAACCACAAAAAGAGGUAUCUCGUGGAGCGGAACAUGUUCAAACCCCAAGAGAGCGACAGCGCGGGCAACCGCGUCUACGCAGCUCAGAACCGUCGCUGCGGGAAGUCUUCGAACAAGAGCGUCAGCAUAUCAUCGAAGCGCACGGUGGUGCGCAAUUAUUCUUCCGUGAUCCAAGUCGGGAAGCACUGGAUCACACUCGACCCUUUUCGCGAGCAGUUUCUCAUCAGCAUCCACCGCCGGCUAGCGAGCGGCACGAAAUUGCAGAGCGCGCUUCUACCUGGCCUGCGCUGAGCUCGACAAUGCUGCCUGCAGUGGAGCAGGCACCACAGUCUACCGGGGAGCAAAUCCAAGCAUCUAAUGUUUCCUACGCCCGCAUUGCGCAAGUGCGGGGAGGAUACUACCCCACCCUGCGCGACUUGUAUGGUCAUGCGGAAUAUGUGCGACCCGCAGCAACAUCUGCAUCCGAGAGCAAAGAUAACCACAAGCCGAACUAG